CGCCCCGUGCCCGUGCCCAGCCCAGCCCAGCCCACGAGUCGGGAGGAUGGAGGUGCCUCGCCUGGACCAUCCCCGGAGCAGCCCGGCCAGCCCUUGCGAGGAUGUCCUCAAGAACCUCAGCUUGGAGGCAAUUCAGCUCUGCGACCGGGACGGCAACAAGUCACAAGACAGUGGGAUUGCCGAGAUGGAAGAGCUGCCAGUUCCUCACAACAUCAAGAUUAGCAACAUCACUUGUGAUUCUUUCAAGAUUUUGUGGGACAUGGACUCCAAGUCAAAGGAACGCAUCACUCACUAUUUCAUUGAUCUAAAUAAGAAAGAGAACAAGAAUUCCAACAAAUUUAAGCACAAGGACGUGCCUACAAAACUCGUGGCAAAAGCUGUCCCCUUGCCCAUGACUGUCCGUGGCCACUGGUUCCUGAGCCCACGGACCGAAUACACCGUUGCUGUGCAGACGGCCUCCAAGCAGGUGGAUGGAGACUACACGGUUUCAGAAUGGAGUGAGAUUAUUGAGUUCUGUACGGCAGAUUAUUCCAAGGUUCACUUAACACAACUUUUGGAAAAGGCAGAAGUGAUUGCAGGGCGUAUGCUUAAAUUUUCGGUCUUUUACCGGAAUCAACACAAAGAAUACUUCGACUACAUCAGAGAGCAGCAUGGAAGCAUCCUGCAGCCCUCGGUUAAGGAUAACAGCGGCAGCCAUGGGUCUCCCAUCAGCGGGAAGCUGGAGGGGAUCUUUUUUAGCUGCCACACCGAAUUCAACACCGGAAAGCCCCCCCAGGAUUCGCCUUAUGGAAGAUACAGGUUUGAGAUUGCAGCUGAGAAACUUUUCAACCCAAACACUAAUUUGUACUUCGGGGACUUCUACUGCAUGUACACGGCCUACCACUACGUCAUUCUUGUCCUGGCCCCCAUCGGCUCGCUGGGGGACGAAUUCUGCAAGCAGCGCCUCCCUCAGCUGAACUUGCAGGAUAACAAAUUCCUGACCUGCACUGAAGAAGACGGGGCCAUGGUUUACCACCAUGCACAGGAUGUCAUCUUGGAAGUGAUUUACACUGACCCCGUCAAUCUCUCCCUCGGCACAGUGGCAGAGAUCACCGGCCACCAACUCAUGAGUUUGUCCACUGCCGAUGCCAAGAAAGAUCCAAGCUGCAAGACAUGUAACAUCAGUGUGGGACGCUAAUUUCCAUCGCCACCUUCCUGAGGACCCUCCUCCGUUGCCUACACCCUCUCUCCACCCUACACAUCAGACGCAUGACGAAUGCCCUCCUUCCCAGAAGCAAGUCCCAUGACCCAGUUCUUCAACAGUUCCUCUCUGAGCAGAGCUACAUGUUCCAGCCAAGCUGGGGCAGCUCCCAAAAUGGCAUCCAGUGAAGUAUCUCUCCCCUUCUGCCUACAGCAUUGAAGCCGAGCAUGCUGGCCAUUGUACCCUCAGCUUAUGUGCUUUCCCUGUUCCGGUUGGAUGCUGCUGGUAGGGACAUAGGAUGGAUGACAUCACCGUGCCAGUCAGUGGGUCCCUGUGUCAUGGAGAGAAAGGAAAGGAGCUGCAUAUGGAGACAGUAUUAUCUGCAGCUGCCCUGGGUAGCUGUAGUUCCACCCUUGGUAUUUCCCGUGUUCUUUCCCUCCUGGUCCACCACUGCUUUCAACAGUUCAAAAUCUUGGGGGUAUUUUGGUUUCCUUUUCUUUUAUUUUCCUAGCAACCAUUUAUACAUCUAGGUGCUGCAAUUGGUGUUAAUUUGUCCCUCCUCUCUCCAUACUGCCAAAUGUAACAAAUCUAUAUAAACAAGCUUGAGUAAAAUAAAAAUUUCCUGGCUUCUCAAUGGUGUUUAAAUAUGCAUUCAUUUUAACCUACUGAACAACUUAACUGGAAUAUUUCUAAACAGCAUGAACAGGUGUAAUGGCAGCAUGAUUUAACGCUCGCAAGCCUAGGAAAAAAAAAUAUGUCAGCACUUCCAAUGUGUCGUUUGACAGUGUUAUUUAUGUUAUUUAUAUGAGCUAACAAAACCAACGGAAGACCUGUGUUUCAUCAUAAUAGAAAAAUAUUUUAUUUGUACUGUUGUAUAAAAUAUUAUACAAUCAUAUCGAAUAUAUAGAUGGCAUUUUAAUAGCAACUGUACACAUGUCAUGACAGCAUUUUUCCCUCAUCAAAGAUGUAGUUUGUAAACUUCAAAUACUUGUGUAUCUGUUCCUGUUGCUCUGACAUGAGUUUUGAUUAAAACAGAUUUAUGACCGUCCUGGUUCAGUUAUAAAUGAUGCAGCCAACGACACUGAAACAUCAAUUGCCAUAGAAACAAACAUACAAACAAAAAAAAAUCCACUUAGUUUAGUCAUGGGACACGGUCCUUUCCCAAAUCAUUAAAAGAUUCUUCAUUCUCCCCCCCCCCUUUUUUUCUAAAAAAAAAAAAAUCAUGCUUCAACUUUUACAUAUAGUGACCUACAGACAAGGUUGGUGGGUAAUGGAAUUCAUCCAAUGCCUUCCUUUAUGACACUAUAGCAGAAAGAGCAGUAGGCCCUGUCCACCAUGAAGCUCUGGGUCUUGGAGAGGUAUCUCCCUGGGCUUCCUCAACAUUUUUGAUGUUGUGGAAUCAUCACCCUCCAAACUUAAACAUCUCACCUGGUCCUGUCUUCGCCCACAUCUCUCUUUGCCUGUGGGAAUCCUCCUUCAUCUGUGCACCAGAAUGAGAAGACCAAGGGCUUCUCCAUUGACCAAGCAUGGAGACUUCUUUGAAUCUGGUUGCCAUUAAACCUGUGUUUCUUGGGACAUCUCCUGAUUGUCCACCUCAGACUCAAUCAUGCUCCAUAUAGAAGUAAUCUAUUUUAACCUGCAAGAAUAACUUUUUCACUUACAAAGUCUACUCCUUUUGAACCUCAAGAUGGCAUAAACCAGCCAUGUAUAUAUAUUCUAGCCUAUAGUCAACCAAAUUAGAGAACAAGAAAUUCAACCAUCCGCCAUUCGUAACUAUGACACUUAGAUUAAAUAUCUGCAUACAUCAUAAUGCAAUAAACUAUUAUCACUAUAACAGAGUACCUUGGCGAUCAUCACGUGUGAAAUAUUAAGAUCCUACAAAGUGCAUGCUUUCAAACAAGCUUUGGUAAUCAUAAAAAGCAACAUUUUAUAGUAUUGUGCUACAGAAAAGUGCUACACAAAUAAAGAUUAGAAUGGACAA